AUGGCAACGCACAAUGGACGGGACGGCAAAGAAGGGCCCAAUGGCAGCUCUCAAGGGCCACAGGAACGAAUUCUGCCCACGGCAAACACGAACGGACACGCAACCCAGCAGCAGCAGCAGCAGCAGCAGGAGCAUUCGUGUGAAAUUUGCGGCAUGUCUGGCUUGUCGGAUGAAGCGAUGCGCGAACACACACGCCAGUACCAUGUGGAGGGUAGCGCCCAAUGCCCGUUCUGUGGGCUGACUGGUGUACCGGCGGCCGAGUUACUGCUCCAUGUCAAUCAGGCGCACCUUGACUAUCUGACGCCUGAGAACGAGCUGAUGUCAUUUAUCGACGAUCAGACGCCCAGCUUUUGCAGUGUCGAUGGUGAUUCCGAUUCUAUCUCCGACUGUCGCGGUCUGUCUCCGUCGAUCACAUCCGAACUGCUUACACCGAUUUCUGGACCAGCGGGAAAAGUUUCCGGACCGGGCGGUAGUACCGUUAUCAGCAACAGCAGUAGCAGUAUCGUCAACGGUACCGGGACAACUGGCGAUGGCGUGAGCUGCACCAACCACAUCCAUCAACCGGUGGCGGAGUCACUACUCCACAACGGAAACACGUCGGCAUCGGCCAGCGGAAGUAAGAUGCAAAUGUCUUCUGCGAGCUAUAGUUCGACCGCGGCCGGUAGCAGCAUGAGCAGCAGCAGAUCCAGUUUAAUCGGUAGCAGCAGUAAUCUGAAUGGUAGCCACCAGAUAACGAACGGUAAGGUGGCCGUAGGUAGUGGACACCAGCUGCAACACUUGCCAGAAGCACUACCUUCCGGAAGUGCUAGCGACCAGACAAAUGGAGCCCUCAGCAAGGAUAGUGGGGCGCUGCUGAAUGGUGGAGGCGCUGGAUGCACGACCCCGGCCGGUGCCGGUGCCGGCGGGCAAGGAUCACCAUUAAGAUCGCAGCUAGGGUUGAAGCUGAAAACUCACAAACCAAACCCCGGAGGUGCCGGUGGACCGGCAACUAUAAUGACGGUGGCAACAACAACUAGCACCACAACCAUCACCACCAAACCGGCCAGUCCACUGCAAUGUUUGCUGUGUCCGUACACAUCCGAUAACCCAACGGUACUGGAGGAACACAUCAAUCGAUCACACUUCGAUCCACUCAGUCCCGGUGUUAAUGGUGUGGGAGCGAAUGGAUCGGGCGGAAGUGGUGGUCCCGGUAGCCAUCAUGUAGACACGCUUAGCGUACUGCAGUGUCCGAUCUGUAACCGGACGUUCGAGUCCGGUUCGGACUUGGAACUGCACGUUAACAUCGAACAUCGGGAUAUUCUGAGUCCGGCAAAGGCGGAUGGUCGGGCGAAUGGCGGUGGAGCACAAGCCGGUAGUGCCGCGACCGUGAACGGUAGCUAUGGUGGUAGCACUGGCAGCCUCUGUCCCGUCUGUGGUAUUUCAUUCGAUAACAUGAAGACACAGGAGAUGGAGUACCACAUCGAGCGACACUUUUCAAAAAGUCCCCAGCAUCCGUAUCUUACCGGAGGCGAACCGAUGGCAAGCUCGGGAGGAACGGGGGCGGGGGCAGCGGCGGCCGCCGCAACUGCCAUUGUUGUGGAUCUCGAGAAACAGGCACAGAAGCUACGCGAACAGCGCGAAUUCGAAAUGCUCCGAGCACAGUACGGCAUGGACGAUCAGGGUAACUUCCGGGAGCAGUCGGCGGCCGCCAUGCAGCGGGCCGUUUACGCCGGUGAAAUGAGUGUGGCCGAUUACUACGAACGCCAAGUUGGAUUGCGGGCGGCCGAAUCGCACGGCGUUGACGACGGUUCAUCCUGCACGAAGUCCGUUUCGCCGCGGGUCCUGUCGCUGUCCUCCUCGUCGCCGAACGUGAUCAAAACGUACGUCUGCUCGAGCGUCGAUCACUAUGCCUCCAGUUACGGUGACAAGGGUUGGGGCUGUGGCUAUCGAAACCUGCAGAUGAUGCUCUCCUCACUGUUGCAGAACACCUCCUACAACGAAGCACUCUACUCGGCGUGGGGAUCGCAUGGGCCUGCUCGUACUGCUAUGCCCAGCAUUUCACGCCUACAGCGCAUGGUUGAAGCAGCGUGGGCCCAAGGUUUCGACAUUCAGGGCUCGGAGCAACUUGGCUGCAAGCUCUACAACACCCGCAAAUGGAUCGGUGCGACCGAGAUCGUGACCGUGCUGUCGUGGUUGCGUAUUCGCUGCGAGCUGGUCGAUUUCCAUCGUCCCACUUCGGUCGAUGGUCGCCAUCCGGAGCUGUUCAAUUGGGUGUUGCGAUACUUUGAGGAACCGCGCAUCCACACACCACCUCUGUACCUGCAACAUCAAGGACACUCUCGCACCAUCAUCGGCAUCGAGCAGCGCACUUCCGGCCUUUCACUGCUCGUGCUCGACCCAAGCCACGGACCGCGCCAGGUGGCAGCACUCGGAUCGUCACAAGACACAUUGCGCUUGAUACGCAAGAACUCGGCCGCGAUGCGUGCUCCCCAGUACCAGGUGGUCGCCGUCAAGGGCCUCAUUGACACUGAGGAACAGUAUCAGGCCAGCAAGGUGUUGAAGUCCUUACACAUACCACCGGACCGUUGACGUGACAGUGAUCGGUUCCUGAUCGAUCCAAGCUAUGCUAUAAACGUUUGUAAACCACAAUCGCGCGGACAGCACUGGCAACAAUCGAUAUCGAUCACAACAGGAAGACGGUUAGUUUAAUUUGACAAGUAUGCCUAUUCUCUUCUAGUCUUUGUAAAAUACUACGCGAACAGGAAUAUGAGAGAAGCAAGUGCGCGAGAAUAGAUAAAGAUGGAAGAAUGGCUGGUUAAAAUUAAGUUUAAAAUUCUUCUUAACCAAAGUAAAGUGAACGUGUGAAUCAAGCGAAAUGCAUAGCAACAUCGAUAAGGCUUUUGCGAAAUUCCGUAACGUUAAGAAUGUUAAAGUGAUUUGAAAAUAGUGACUAAAGAAUUUCCUUCGUUUUGCGACUGUUUGUAAAGUCUUUUCUUUUUCUAGCGAAUGCUGCGUGUGAAUCGAACGGUGUUUUAACGAAAAAUAAACAAACAAAAUCGUCGUCAAGAUGGAUGUGGAUUCCUUUCCUCGAAAGUAACGGAAACCGUUGGUUCCGUUUAAUAGUUUCCAGUAAGCUUGCAAAGUGCAAAGCAAACCCCACAUUCGGAAGAGCUGUGUUAAUUGCCGCGUUUGCUCAUGCAUGCUCAUUUUAACGGUGGAAAGCGAAUCAUGUUUAAAAGCAAAAAAAAGUGUAGUGACAACUUUCGUCUUCUCUCGUUGAAGCAUUGGCCAGUUUUUAUGUGUUCAAAGUAGUACUCUGCUCAAGAGUUAAGCGUAAACGUAAACACCUUUCGAUACGAAAUCUUACGAUUAGACAAAACGAUCACACGCUAGUACGUUACUUUAUUAUCAUUCAGAAGCGUCGGGUACUUCGAAUGAAAUUAUAAAUAGUUCACCAACUUUUGGGUUCUGAUCGCAAAGAGGAAUGAACAAUCGGAACGAAUUCACGUAAAAAACACAUUUCGGUAGUUAGGAAGCGCACCGAGAAACAAAAAGAAAGCAAAAACCAAGCAAGCCGACGAGUUGCACAAGAGACAAUCCAUUUCCUCCAAAGAGAAGAGCACAAUUCUACAGAAACUAAAUGGCAAACAAGCAGCAUUAAAAAGCACAAAUCGAAACGAGUUAUAAACGAAAAAAGUUAGUACUUACUUAUCCGGCAAUUACAACCGCCGAGCGGUCGUGGCCUGCAGAAAGGAAAGAUUGAAUUUAUCUUAAAACCCAAACCAUACGCUCCCCCUGAAAAACAAAGACAAGUGAUCCUGAAAACAUUCAAUUAAAGGAUUGUGAUAUAGCAAAAAACAAUGACUAAAAGAGUGCACCCGCAAGCAAAGCAAAUGUGCAACAUUUUACUUUCGUUUUCGCUCCCGUCGAAGAUGCGUGCGACGAUCGCUUAGCGGUCAGUCGUCGGAAACGACCGAAGUUGAACAGUACGAUUCUAAGGGGUAAAAAAGGUACAAAGUAAACUAAUUGUAGUAGAAAAAUAAGCUGACGAUGUACGGCUUACAGUUGCAUUCAUUUUGUGCACAGCUUAUCGCUGUAACAUUUGAAGAAACUAAUUGGAAGACAUUGAAGACGACAGCCCUGUCAACCUCGAUACUACCUGAUGAACUGACGAGUGAAACACGUUUAAAAAUUGUAUUUGCAAGCUUGCAUCGUGCGUGAAAAUGGAAUGCUUGCUUGUGACCGAAACAUAAUCCGUAACAUGCUAGUGACACGUGAAUACUAGCAGAACCAGAGUUUGACUCAUGUUUUAGAAAGUACUAAGUUUACCGAUCGCAUAGUCAUUUAUUGUACAAAGCAUUGCUUUUCUGCGCUCGAAAAUCAUCGUUAAAUGUUAUUUUAUAAACACGAUUUGGUGACGAGUAGACGGACAGGUAUAAAUUUCCACUCUCAAUUGAUGCAUGCUUUCUCUACCGCUCUCUCUGAAAUUCUACUCUGAAAGCAAUAACUUAUUAAGACACUUCCCAGUGUCUUCACAGCUGAUAUACGCAGCUGUUACAGCUUUAAGCACAAUUUGAUAAUACGUUAUUGGAUGUUUAGAGUGGAAAAGUAUCAUUGAUAUUGUACUAGUGCGUUGUUAACUUAACUUUCCGUUUUAAUUGUUAUCCACUAUUCUACUUGUUGAUUCCAUUACUAUUUUGGAUUUUGAAACAUCUGUGCGAUCGAUUACCGAUUUCGCACUUAAGCUUUCACUAUCAAUCGUUCGUUAUGCUCCUUGUUUAAUACUUACUUACGAUUCGUUUCAUCGGUUUAUCAACCGUUCAAGGUUAUUUCCAAAACUAUUCAUAAGCUUACCAUAUUCUUAUAGCUCUAAAGUACUGCAUUGUACUUAGUACAUAACUUACCUGAUCAUGAUCAUGUCAACGGAAACGAAUUUGCACGGUGCAGUGUAAUAUUCCAACUAAUCCGUCGGUUGUAUAAUCUUAACUUUUAAAAUCAACUGUGCUACGAUAAUUUAUUCUGACAAACGGGCGGCUUGUAACGUGCAGCUUGUAACAAAUCGGGCACAAUUACAUGUCAAAAGUUAAUUUCCCGCGUGUGAAGUAGAAAAAAGAGAGAGAAAAAAUAAGUUAACAACUGAACAAAUCGCUUUUUCCAAAAAGAGGACCAAUAUUUGAUUUUGACUCAUUGUCCUUGCAGAUAAGCAGAUAAUUUGCCGGUGCCCCUAACCAAGGGCUGUACUAUCCUGCCGCUCAGAAUUAUAGCUUUUCACCGUCCAUAAACGUACUCCGCGUUGCGAAAAAACAACACAAAAACCCGCGUCUCGUUUUACGAUUUGUUUAUAAAAUGCACGAGGAAUUGAUCAGUCGUAAGGAACGACGAACUGGGAGGUAAAAACCAGAAAGCUGCCCACAGUUGUGGAUGUUGUGUGUAGUUGGAGAACGCGAAGUUAUUUUUUGAAAAUUGUUUCCCUGUUUUUACGAGAGAACAGCUAAUUGCUUUUAUCGUUCCUAAGGUGAAAGAUGAGGGACAUGCUCUCCGGCAGAUAGUGAAGCUAUCCAAACUAACACCAACCAUGCUAACCCUAGAACCACCCAUCUAUCCCGGACCGACCUGGAGAGCACAAUCGAAAUGAAACGUAAAUUAGAAGCUAAAAUAGUAAACGACGUAACAAAUCACUGAAAGUACCUCCUGUACCGUCUAUCGGAAUGCAUACUUACAAUACGUAUGUGUAGAAGGUGGAGAAGCGCGCAUUCGCAACCCAAGGUUCAGUGGAGUAUCACAUAAUUAGGACACACGGCAACAGAUUUUGUUUUGCUACCUAAACUUCCCAAAAAACCGAAGCGCAUAAACUCAGUUUUGAAUGCUCCAUUUCCUAACGCCCACUCUUUAGCAGCCAAUGAUCAAUAUAUAUUCCAUCCAUCCGUCGUUGGUGAAAGUAAAUUAAAAUGACCAUUACUAUUAAAAAGCUUUAAAUGCCUUCCACUCAGACUAACGCAUUCAUUUUUCACAGUUUGAAAACUCCAUUAGUAUCUAACUAUAAAACAGAGGACACAAUAAAUCUCCUGAGUACGAAACAAAGAUAUUUCCACCAUACAUACAUUUCCAUUCAGAUGAGAUGAUAAAAAAACAAAUCAAAUCAUCCAAAAAUGGACGGACAGUUUAUCAUUAAAAUAAAAUCACAGCACAGGACAAGCGAAAAAUUGGCUAUGCUAAUUGCACAAAACAUGGACAGUGAGAUUUAUCAAAGGUGGCUAGAAAAUUCUGUUUUCGGGCAUGGAUAAAUGUAGACUAAUUUCGAACAUGGAAAAUGUGUUGUAAGGCUAAAAAUUUGUGUCUAAGAAUUGCCCCACAAAACAGGACCGAAAACAUAGCGUUAUCUUUAGUUUAUUGCGAUUUUUUCAUCUCCACAAUAAACAAUGCCACAUAAAGUCCUUUUCCAUACAGACAUUCUAGCAUGGCGCCUACACUGUGAACGUCGUUUGACGAGCCACAUACCUUCCUUGCACUCUGCUUUCACAUCGCAUUGCUCCGCUUUGUUUCUCUGACGGUGUAAAUAUGGAAAUUUGUCUGUGCCUAUCGCCUAUGCUGGCCGAGGGUGUCGGUACAACAAACGGUGAACGCAAAUGCCUAGUGGCAUUAAUAGUCAUGAACCUUAAACCAAAUCAAAUAUUUUUGUGCAUAAAACUCUGUACGAACGGAAGGAAAUGUGAGAGAGAACUACGCAAUAAUAACUAGCA